UGUAAUUUAUAAAAAAAACUUUAAAGAAAACUUGUAAAAAGAAAAGAGAGAGAGAAAACUGCGAGGGUGAGGAGUGCAGCAGCAGCAGUAAACCGCUCUUGGCAGAGGCCACUGCGCAGUGGUUUACUAAUACACACGUGUGGUGACGUGUGCACGGGUGUGCAUUCCUGUGCGGCCCUGUGCAGUCUCCCUCUGAGGGUUUGGGUGUGUUGCUUUCAUGAGUCCUGCUGUAACACAUUCGAGCACAUUCGCCAGCACUGCAUCUGUGUAGGCUGUGCUCACGCCCGCGUGUGCUGCGUUACGAGGGCGCUGGAGGUCACGCCUGUCUCGAGGAUCUCACCCAUCCCUUGUAUCUCCACACACACUGCUGUAUAGUGCUCUGGUGUGGACUGCAGCUCCCGGAGUGCUCCUCCGUGCUCCCCCGUGCUGGGAACGCUGGUGCUGAGGCCUCCCUUGGCGUGCAUUAGCGCCUCAGCGUCUGCGUGGGCCAGCGGAAGGAGAUCCUGGGGCGCUGCUUCCCAGGGAACCUUCUCUCCUGUGGCGGCCUUGGCGUCUGGACAGCUGAGGAGGGAGGCCUCAGGGUGGAGUCGGGCUCUGCCUCCGUGAACGGUGCGGCUGGCCCUGCGGAGCCGAUUUCCUGACUGUUACACGGGAGUUCCUGGAGUCACACGGCCCUCGCCUCAGAGCCUUGCUGCCUCCGGGAGGAACCUCACCUUGCAGCCUGUCUCUUAUGUGUGCAGAACUCGGUGACGCAAGAUGUCCCGGUGCGCCGGGGUGCGGGGACUAAGAGGCUGCGGCUCCCUCAGGAAAACAACUAUCUCUCGGGCGGCAACACCUCCGCACUGCUUUCUUCGAGUCCGAACACGGCAAACACGGCGGAACGCCUCUCUGUGCCGCUCCAGAUCCGGGGCCUGCGAAGGCUCCCCGCGACGGUUGACAGCCCGGCACCACCUGCCCAGGGAAGGAGGUGCAGGGCUCCAGCGAGCGCGCUUGUGCAGCCAGACCACCCACUUCAUCGGGAAAGCUUGGCACAGUGCUUGAGUGACUGCAGGUGGGUGAGCUGCAGGUGCAUCCCCUGGCCAGAACAGCCUCGGACAGCAGGACAGCCGUGUGUAUUGCCCACGUCUGCCCUAGCAUUUCGAUUCCAGCUGCGAGGCUAGAACAACGUUUUCACGCGCACCUGUGAAUAGAUCUGUGUUGGGCGCAUUGGCACGGCAGCCACCGAGGCUCGGUGCCCUCGCCGGCCUUGGUCCCGGACACCGAUCUGCUCACGACGCACGGCAGCUCUGCUCGGGCCUGUGCGGAGCAGGGCCGUGUCCAUCGUCGGCUUUGUGGUACGCCCGCAUCAGCUCCGCUGCAGGCCUUGGGGUAGGGCUUUCAUAGGAUCGCGUGCGGUGCUCCGCUGGGCCCCGCGCGUGCAGAGCUCUUCUCGCAGGUCCUUGUGUGCUCUGUGCACGCCGAGGUCCUUCACCGCAGUGGUGUGGUCCCGCUGUGCUCUUCCCUCCGGCAUGUCUCUGUGGUCUGCAUUUGAGAACAUGCUCAAUUGUCCACUUCCCGGUGCAUCCUCGCACUCUCCUUCCCGUACAUUCCCAUGCGUGUGCUGUAGCUUUACAGCCGUUACCCAGGCCGCCACGUUCCGAUGAACUAGUAAAUACACAGACAGGCCGACAGCAGGACCCGGUGAGCGUGUUGCCUCCUGCAACACGGAAUCCAGGCCCGCUCUUUAUCCAUAUUUCCGUGUGGCCUGCCAUCGGCUGCUCUCACGUGGACUGCUGUUCUGGGACACACAUGUACUAGACAGACAUGCUGAAUAAUAUUCAUUGCUCUGUUUCUGCACAGCAACUUCCAAAUCCAAGUGCCUUGCUCCGGCAAGAGUCUCCGACUUUGGAAACCUACGGUGGCCUCUGCAGUUCGUCUGUGUUCAGUGUGUCGGCAAUACAACCAUACCUGAUCACAGCUGGGCUUGGGGUCCUACACUUUUCUUCCAUUCGUACUGAGCGUGUCCAGCCAUUGCCCGGCUCUGCUUCCAGAGCUUCCGGUCUAGAUCAGAAGCUUCCGAGCUGCACCCCCACCUGCCAAGCUGUGACUGCUCUGUUCGCACUGCAGCAGCAGCACACCCGCAAAGACUAUUGUGGAAGGCUUCACACUGCUGCCCACACUGGCUCGCACCUCUAAUCCCAGCGCUGGCGAGGCAGAGGCAAGUGUGUCUCCGGGUUGAGGGCCAGCCUGGUCCAAAACAGCCAGGGCUGCAGGGAAAAAAGAAAGGAGAGAGAGGGAGAGAGAGAGAGAGAGAGAGAGAGAGAGAGAGAGAGAGAGAGGCUUGUGCAGUGCUCUGCUAGCAUACUCGUGUGCAGCGGCCUUCAGGAUAUGCUGCGUAGCCACACGAAUCACCGUGAUCCAGAGGAUGGGGACAGGUCAGCGAAAGCCUGGAGACUCAGCUGGCCUGCCCGAGAAGCUCUCUGGAGCAUCUGCCUAUGCGAAGUCCAGUGUCGAAGGACCCAGAUCAGCUCGGCGAUGUCGGUCCGAGAAGGGAUGUCUCACGGUCUGUGGGCUUCUAUGUCUCUCUCCCCCCAGAGUCCACUCACGGAGGUUCUCAGCUGGCCAAAGUCACACCCCACACACGAGAGAGAAAAACACCACGUGACUCAACUGAGCCUUCAAAGGAAUCAGAACCCCCUCUUCAAUCCCGUGUGCGUCCGUGGGGGGCUUCCUGGAAGGCUGAGGUGGUGUGUGCGCCUUGUCUGUGUUCACCUGCCCUCGGCAUUCCUGCUGCUGCUCUAUGAGAAUAUUAGGCCCAGCCACUCUACAAUUUCAAAUCCACGCGCACGUCUCUGCUUGUCUUCUCCUGUGUGUGGCUGUACUAGCACACACGUGUUCACUGAGGAGCUCACUCCGUGUGCUGCUGUACCUGGACCCCAGUGCGGAUGCUGUUCCUUGACAACCAGAUGCUCUGCAGUGCUCGUGAAUUAUAGGGACAUGCGAAACCGGGACGCCGACAUUAACCACCCCGCUGCUGCCUGGACCUGCGGCGCCCAGCUGCGCUGCUGUGGCCAUGUUCCCACACGUGCUGCUGGCCUCCGAGUGAGCGCUCCCUUCUGGCACAGUCCAGCUUUGUGUGGUGCAGCUGCCCUUGCUGCUGUGCCUUACUCCCAUUUGCAGUCCGUCUUUGUCCAUCCACCUGGGCGCACUGCUCUCCUCCUCCAAAAGUGUGCGCAGCUGCUCCAGCUCAGGCCUGUGCAGAGCUGCGCGCCCGCCUGCUCGGUUGUAAAUGCACAUGAGGACACUGAGGAGGCAGUCCAGUGGUGUUUGCAGAGGUGGCGCUGUGUAGCUCGUGCUAACCGCUGUGGCGCAGCGCUCUGCCGGCCAGCAGCGCACAGUGACGUGACAGCGCUUCCUUGUGAACUUGUCCUUCCACACAUGCUGCUUUGUUUGUAUUCUGUGCAUUGCAGUUCACCGACAACCAACCACAUGUUCUGAUUGCAAAUACACAGACACGCUGAUACUGUUCUGCCCAGUUCACAAACCCCAAAAGACCAGGAAUAAACAGACUCCGCUGUAAA